AUGGCUGACCAGAACCGCAGUGCCCAAGACGUGCUCGAGGAUCUUGGGAUCCCAACCAGUGAUCACGAGUUCCUGUGCCGUCUCUUUGCUUCCGAGAAUCCAUUUCCAGGACUGUCUGGUGCCGAGCUUGGUCCGAACACUACCCUCGAUCACAAUCUCAACAACAGAGCUUCUGGACAACUGAGUAUUGCUACACACCCGGCAACCAACCUACAAGUGCCAGGGCAUUCGUCUUAUUACGGAGACGAGUGGGUCUCUUUGAUCUCACAGGAAUCGAUAACUUUGCUUUCUGAAUUGCGCGGGCUCGUUGUACUGCCAGAGGAUAUUCGUCGCCCUGAAUCCAACGAACCACCCGGAUCGUCCAUUUACGAUAGUGACAGAGGUGAGAGCAACCACCAGCUUGUCCCUGCUACCCCCGGUCCACCAAGCACCCCCAAAAUCCCAGGAAUCCGACAGACAACCCUGUCUAGUGCCCUAUCCAACAUUGAAACCGUUGAUAACUUGAUUUCGUCAUUCCCACGUCCCCCUUCCUCCGAUUCUCCCAGGGAAAAACAAGCCAUUUCUGAAAUUGUGCCCGGAAAACAACAAGUCCUCACCGAAAGCAAUACAAAAGCUAACAAUUCCACGCCUGACACUAGUCGACACGUCAACGGUCCAAUCAUCUUCGGAGAUUCAUCCGCCCUACUUGACACAGAUAUCGUUGAUAUCGGAGAUCAAAGUCCCUCGAUCCCCCAGCGUCAUAAGAAGCAGUCUUUACCUGCUCGCCGGAACCAGACCGAGUAUCACGGUCGAAUCAAUCCUCUCCGUUGCCAUCCUGUUCGGGCCGAUCCUUCGCAAAUUCACGGCAGUUUCAGCUUUGAUACUUUAGACAUCCCGGGUGCCGUUCUAUCGCCAUCUACCUCAAGUACUCCAAUUCGUACUCCUCUUCGAAACUUUACGCCCCCAAACUUACGUACGUCUCCCGUUGCGUCUAUCGACCCAGACAUUCGCCACACUCAAUUCGUUGGAUUGAACUCUCCAGCGUCGGUUCAACCGUCGGUCAAAAGCCAUACCAGCAGAGCCACGUACGCGUUGUUCCCGAAGCCGUACCCUUUGCCGCAGUCUUCUUUGAAUUCAACGAGCCGCAGGAUCCCACCUAACCAACCGCACUGUGAGGCAACUGAUCACCGAUACUACCGAAAGGUCCCGUUUCCGUCACACGUUGCCCAAUCUUCCCGCUCCUUGGAUCGCAACCCGACAAGACCAGAGCAGGAAGGGUGUGGAUGUCUCAAGCUGCUCAAGCCCCGAUCUUGGACGUGUAUCACGUCGUUGUGUUCCCGCUAG